GAUUUCCUCCAUUUGCAGGGUGGAGAGUAACGUUGAGGUAUCAUCUCGUUUGGGUGUUUUCCCUCUUUCUCCGAAGGGGGGGGAAACGGAGAGGUGAAGAAGUUGCAGGAGAAAUUGAUAAAGGAGGGAGAAAAAAACACAAAUCUUGAUGCUGAAUCUGUUGUUAUUGAUGUUUGAGAUACAUGUCUCCGAUUCUCAGUGAAAUCCUCCUCUCUGGGUUUAUGGUAAACUCCACAAUCAGGCGCAGGACUCAUCUUGUUCAGUCCUUCUCCGUCGUCUUCCUCUACUGGCUCUACUAUGUCUCAUGAUUUCUGAAGCGUUUCCCCACCAUAAAACCCUAGUUAUAAGUAAUAAAAAAAAAAGAACUCUGAAUAACUAAUCAAGCGUGUUUCGAAUUUCCCCUUGUUGUGUUAUAUCCUCAAUCGUGUUUUUUCUCAUCUGGGUCCUGCUUAAUCCCCCUAAAAACCCAUAAAAAUCUCUCUUUCACCCGUUUGGAUCACAAAGCGGCAAACUUUUUUUACUCUGAGUGUGCGUGAUUGAUGAAGUCGUCGUCAUCGACGUCGUCAGAUGAGAACAACGAUCUGCAGGAGGUGAUGGAGCAGAGGAAGCGGAAGAGGAUGAUAUCGAACAGGGAAUCAGCGAGGAGGUCGAGGAUGAGGAAACAGAAACUCCUGGAUGAUCUGACGGCUCAGGUCGCUCAGCUGAGGAAGGAGAACCACCAGAUCGUGACAAGUGUCAGCAUCACAACUCAGCAUUAUCUCACAGUCGAGUCUGAGAACGCUGUUCUUAGAGCCCAACUCGACGAGCUCAAAAACAGAUUAGAUUCUCUCAACGACAUCAUCGCAUUGGCUAACAACAACAAUGGCUUCUAUGGUGUGUGUUCGAACCAUCUGGAUCAUUCGGAGGCCGAUGAUUUGCUCAUGAACCAGAUGAACAUGAACAUGUUCUACCUGAAUCAACCUCUCAUGGCCUCUGCAGAUGCAUUACAGUACUGACUGUCGACCAAAAGUUCUCGAAUUCCCAAAAUGGGCCAUCAAUUUUUUUUGUCGGAAUUCAGACAUGAUGAAGAGAGAGAUGGGUCUGUUUAUCUUUCUUUUUUUUUUUGGUCUUUUUCAGUGAUCUUUGUUUAGAGGUUAAUUAGGGUUGGGGAUCUUAAUCAGUGUGUUGGAAUAAAGGCUCUCUUGUAGUAUAAAUGGUAUUUGUUUUCUUGGUUUUAUA